CCGUACACCACCUGGAGCUUAGUAGCAGCCGCACUAGCAGCAACAGCUCCUGUGCCGCCUGCCACUCCCUGUGGUCUCUCACACCGCCUACUAUUAAAUAAAUUCAUUCGUCCCGCUAUGGCUCCGGCAUCGAGAUCGUCUCGUCCCAUCCGUUCCAGUCGCACCCAAGUCCAAUCCUACCAUGAAGAAAGCAGCUCCGAAGGUCGUGAUGACGAGGAUACCCAGUCAGACGAGGAACGAGCGAGGCGCUUGUCGCUCUCGCUGCGCCCCCGCAACUCAGCUCGCAUGCCCAAAUCCUACCGUGAGGAAUCCACUGACGAUGACUUUGAUGCCACCAAUGAUGAGCCGGAGGCUGUAGUCCCUACGAUUGACGCUCCUGAGCAUCUUACUUACCCGUUUACUGAGACGAACAGUCGAUCCGCGCCAUCACGAGCCCCGCGCAACCGAACGGUGAAGACUCGCUCCCAGACAAAGAACGUGGAAAAGCGCACAGGUCGGAGACGUAUCGAGCUUGGCCGACCGCUCAAAAAACGUAGGAAGGUUGAGGAAGAUAAUACGCCGAUUGUUACUUCGGGGGUCAUUCCACCAUGGCAAACUCUCCCAUACCACAUACUCUUUGAUAUAUUCUCCUGUGCAGCGAGUCCACUAAUGGAUGAAAAGACCGCGAGUAGACAUAGCUCCGUCCAGUGGCUCGUGAACAUUGCUUUGAUGUGUCAUGCGUUUCAUGAACCUGCGCUGGCGGCUCUCUAUCAUUGUCCUCCCCUCCUGCCAGCAGCUAAGGCCCAUGCUUUGUUACAGCUACUGGCUAAGCCCCAAGACUCUCUUUCCACUAACUAUGUUAGCAAGGUCAAAGAACUGCAUGUUGACGUUGAGAGUCUUUUAUUUUACAAGAGCGGACCGACUCUGGGAUAUUUUGAGUUGUCGAGGCUAAUUGAACAAACCCCUCAGGUCAAAACACUGCGUCUCUACCAUAAAGAAGAUUACUUUCUGGGCGGCUCCCCCUGGCUGAACCCAAGGUCGAGAUGGACAUAUCCAGACUCUCUCUUUGCAUCACUGGUCUCCAGUUCAAUACACCUACGAUCAUGGGAAUGGAACAGUCGUUUCAUGGAGACCAGACAGCUGCUACCCGUCAUGCUAGAAAAACACUUGCAGCCCGCAUUUCAUAGACUCCAGGAACUUCGAUUGUUGCACUUAACUUCGGAGGAUGCGGAUGGUGACGAGUUGGGCUCCGACGAAAAUGAAGUGGUUCUCGCCACAGCACUACGAGAACUCCCGGACCUGCGCCGCUUGGACUUUGUACAAUGUUCCAUUGUGAACGAAUACCUCUUCCCCAACUUGCCGAUGGGACUUACUUCACUCACCAUUAACAAUUGUGACAACGUCACUGCCAUGAAUCUUGGCUCAUUUCUCUUCUCUCAUGGCCAUCAUCUUCAAAUCUUAGAUCUGAGACAUAACCGCCAUCUAAGCCUAGCCUUCGCUGUGAAUCUUGCAGAGUCCUGCAAGAAUCUCGAGAAGUUCAGAAUGGAUAUAUCCAUGUAUGAUGCGUCGAGCUAUCACGACGUCGAACCCCAUUUUCAAACCCUGCUUGACCUGUCAACCGGUGUUCCAACCUGGCCAUCCACGCUGCAAGACAUUGAAUUGAUUCAGUUACGCAAAUGGGAUGAUACGACAGCUGAGGUCUUUUUUGGGACGCUCAUCGAUGCGGCGUCUGAACUGCGAAGUUUGCGACGACUUGUGAUCAGUGCAAUCCUCAAGAUCGGCUGGCGAGAUCGUGCGUCCUUUCGAGAAAAAUGGAUCGGAAAGCUAGAGAAGACGUUUUUGCGACGAAGUCAACCCCCGGACCCGAACCUCCGAUCUAUCCCUCGCGCCGCUCCGCAAUCAGAUGUAACCCAUAGUCGUACCCCACAAGCCGAGGAGACUCAUACGCACUCUGACACCCAACAUAGCGGGUUUUCGACGCCAUCUAAACGCAAGAGCGCGCGUCUUGCUCUGAGGAAAUUUUCUGAGACUGGCGAUGAUGAAACCGAAAACGCAGAGAAGCAGCAAUCCCGGGAGGCCAGCGACAAACCACUGAAUGCGAGACAAGGCAUGUGUGAUGUUGUGAUGGUCCGUAUUGACAAUCAGCGUCCGUCCGAGACACAAUACAAUGAGGGGGAUUUCCUCGACGACGAGCUCAGUGGCGAUGAAGACUGGAAUGGGAAUGAUCUGGACGUCAAUGAUGGGAGACACGCGUGGUAAACUUAUCUUUCAGACCUGUUGGCGAUUACGUUUGCUUUAUCUAGUUUGUUUCUCUUGAUUUUACAUGAUACACACUGGGUAAUUUGGUCAAGGAGUUCGGGAUCGAUAAAGGCUUG